AUUUUUUCUAUCCAACAUCUCGCCGGUUCUCUCUCUAAAGAAAAUCAGGAUCUCUCUCUCUCUCUCUCUCUCUGCUUCUUGCUCUCGUCGCCUCCCCUCCCCUCCCUUCAUAGGAUCCGGCAUCUCUUCGCCGUCGACCACUACCACGACCACCCUCAUCUCUCUAUCCAAUUUCUCUCUUUUACAACCCCCAGCCCUUGCUCUCUCUCACUUCUCUCGGUCGUCCCGCGAGAAAUCGCCGUCACCGCCGCUGCCCUCCUCCUCCGGUCACGCGUGGCCACGCCCCGCCUCCUUUGCCGACUUUGCAGUAGCAGCAGUUUCCAACGUCCAAUUUCCGGUAUUGCAGUCUUCAGAUCAAUAGGAUGGCCAGGUCUGAAGGUGAUAUCAAAGAACCGAUGAACGAGCAAGCCAUUGCAAAUAUAUAUGCUUCCAUGAGGAAUGAAAUCAACCAAAUCUACUCCAAGAUCACUGAGCUGGAAAUGGAGGUCAGUGAGCACUCCCUCGUGAUCAACGCCAUAAAACCACUUGAUCAAUCAAGGCGAUGCUACCGGAUGAUUGGAGGUGUACUUGUUGAGAGAACAAUCAGAGAAGUUCUGCCAGCUGUGCAGAGAAAUAAGGAGGGUCUUGAAGAGGUAAUUGCUCGGCUCAAUGAAGCAUCCGAGAAGAAGAAAAAGGAUCUAGCCGAAUUCGAGGCCAAGUACAAAAUCAGAAUCCGAAAGGGCGAUGGUGAAAUGAAGGAUGAAAGUAAGAAGGAAGGGAAUGCACAGGGCGUCCUCGUUGGCCCUGCAGGUUCUAAUUAAUAGUAGGUGAAGGUUAUAUGUUUUUGGAUCAUCCUUUUUAUUUUUAUAUCUAUGGUGGUGCUGCUUGUUAGGAAGCUUGAAGCUUUUCUUGGGUUAGGACAUGACAACUUUGAACUGAUUCUAGUGAUUUGAACUUUUGAGUUGAUCAAA